AUGGAAGGUACAUCGGUGGCUCUGGGAGUUCCUGUGCUUCCUAGCUUCAUGCCAGCGUCUCUUGGUGUUACGAACGAUUCGACAGAUUUGUGGACACGUGCCACGAACCUUUUAUUCACGAUCCUCUCGUGGUACUUCCAGGGAGGCAGCGCUAAUGCUGCUGAUCGAGUGAUAAGAGAAAAACUUGGUGCAACUGCCACGCCAGUUUGGGAAACCGUUUCAAACAUGUCAUGGGUACUUGUGAACUCCGAACCGUUAAUGGAAUUUGACAAACCCACGCUGCACAAAGUUGUCGACGUGGGAGGUCUCGGUGUACACGUUCCGAAGCCACUCAGUGAACAAUGGAAUCGCAUCCUCAGUCUAAGAGAGCGUACUGUUUUGAUCUCGUUUGGUACUGUAGCGCAAAGCAGGUUCAUGCCAGAAUCGAUGAAGAAGGCCAUCCUUGACGUCAUCAAAUCGUAA